AUGAUUGAAUAUGAAACCAGUGUUUUCACUGAAAGAAACAAUCUGCCUAUCCAAUGUGAGAAAGAAAAAACUAGUAUAAUCAAAAGGAAUGAAAAAGACUACGGGGAUAUCUUAUUUGCACAUUCUUGUGGAAGUGGCAAAGAAAACGACAUUUUUAAAAACGAUGAAAAGGGGAAUGAUUAUGGCAAUUUUGAAGAAAAUUGUCAGUACAGCGUGUUGUCCUUACGAAGAAACUUUGACCCGUCCGAAAUGGAAUGCUAUGCAAUGGAGCAAUCACUCCGGAGUCAGUUUUUACACAACAUUGAUGAUCCAUAUUGUUUGACAAAUAUUAGGAUCUCUAAAGAUCACCGUAGUCUGGAUGAUUAUGAUUCAGACUCUGAUGUUGGUUUAUCCUCAAAACACUCCGAGGAUUCUUCUCAGAAAAACUGCCCACUUGGGACGUUUGGUGUUAACUGCAGUGCAUCAUGUAAGGAAGGAUUCUAUGGAAGACUGUGUAGAUCAGAAUGCAACUGUUCUACAGAAGAUUGUGAUAAAGAAUAUGGUUGUAAGAAGAGGAAAUCUGCCUCUGAAGACGAAACAGUAAAAGACAAAUCAGUGUGGGAGAAUGUAUCGUUCGCCUUAAUUGGAUCUAUUGUAACGGUUCUAGCAGCAGUGGGACUUGUUCUUCUCUCAUCCAGAUUAAGGAAACCACGUGAUGACAAAAAUCAAAGAAACGCAACCGUUGAUGAUUCUGCUAGGGGAGACGAAACAGUAAAAGACAAAUCUGUGUGGGAGAAUGUAUCGUUCGCCUUAAUUGGAUCAAUUGUAACAGUUCUAGCAGCAGUGGGACUUGUUCUUCUCUCAUCCAGAUUAAGGAAACCACGUGAUGACAAAAAUCAAAGAAACGCAACCGUUGAUGAGUCUACAAGGGAAGACGCUCAACAAUUAGAGUCACCUGUGAUUAAUACAUCUCAACAGGGGAUACAGAAUGAAGUAAAUGAAAAUGUUUAUGCUGACGUAAGAUCAUCCAAAAUGAUUGAGUUUCAUUGUGAAGGUUUCUCAUCAAAUCGUUUGCAUAUAUACUCUGAGGAUGAUGAAACUGAUGCUUUCCUCACGAAUAAAAAUGCUAAAAGAAACGUCUCAAAAGAUAGCAAGGAUGCAAAUGAUAAAAAAAAACAGACAUCAAAAAUGAAUUUGCAGGAAAAUAUGUACGGAUUCUCGGCCGAAACCAGCCAAUACAGUGUUCUGUCCUUACGAAGAAACGUCGACCCUUCUGAGAUGGAAAAUUAUUUUAUAAAGGAAUCAAUCCGUUGUGAUACAUCUCAAAACGAAGGAGCUUCCUAUUGUAUGAUGAAUGUUUUAGAGACAGAUAAUCAAGAGAAUGAGGAGAUAUGUGAAUCAGAUUCAGAUGAUAUCUUGGCCUCGGAACCUUAUAGCAUUGCAAUGCGAAAACAUGAUGAGGCUUAGUUUCUAAAGGAGAUUGGUGUAUUAAAAAAUCAAAUGAAAC